AUGGCACGAUUUGAGGAGUUAGUGCGCAAACGAUGCCCAAGACAAUGCAGUAAUGAUACUGAGAAGGCAGAUAGUUGUCAGCGACUGGGUCUUGAAGACGGCACCAUUCCUGAUGAGCGCAUCCGAGCAUCAAGUGCAAGUUACAACAGACAUGCUGCCCUGGCACGACUGAAUGGCCCAUCAUAUUGGGUCGCGAUAUACUGCUCGCCCUCAUGUUGGAUUGAGGUGGAUCUCCUCCAAACUACUAGGGUUUCUGGCGUCAUCACACAAGGAAAUAAAUUCCCCUGGGUCUCAUAUCUUGUGACUGAAUUUAAGGUGUCCUACAAGCCGAAACCUACGUCUGGCUACGAGUACAUCAAGGAAACCAAUGGUGAUAUCAAGUUGUUUGAUGGCGGGGAUAUCGACUCUCCUUCUACCCCUCACACUAAUUACUUCAACCAGGCCAUCAUGGCGUCUGCUGUUCGCAUUUACCCUACUCGCUACACCUUGCCGGCGGUAGACGUGCGCUACGGUUUGAGUUGAUUCAAUGUCCGAUGGAUUAAUUCCAUGUGGAGUGAUGUUCAGUAUUGUAAUGAUUCGUGGCCCACUCUUGUUGUUUUCGAAAACAAUUGAAUAUGGAACAUCUUUGCAUAUCCUUGUUUUGGAAAUAAAUGGGAGCAAUUCCACUAGCACCCUUGAACAGAAGUAUGGAAAUAAUGUCGAAACCCCAACAUAGGACUGGAAAACCCAUUUGGUAGAGCACCGGUACGGUAUUCCGGAGGUCGCAAGUUCAAACCCCGCUUCUGUCAGUUUGUUUGUUGAACGUUCUACUUAUUUAUAUUGUAUAUCCACCUACGUUCAUUGUCCGUUUGUGGUUUAUUCAAACGUUAGAAAUUAAAGCGCACAGCAGUUUUGGUUUACUUCGUAUAGCUAGAGAAAAUAGAAAGAGUUUGGUAUCCGUGUUGUUCAUUUUAGAAUGAAACAAUGGAUAAUUUUUUUAGAUAUUGUGCGAGUUGGUGGAUUGCAAUUUUAAUCAAAUGAUUGUAUGUAAAACUUUAUCAUUACAAGUUCCUUUACUGAAACAAUAACAGACAUAAUUACGAUUUUUGUCUUUCAAAUCUCUGUCUAAGGUUGUACAUAAUGUAAAUUAUGCUUCAAGUUCUGUGUUACAUAAACGAUUUACACUCUACUAGUGUUGUAUACGUUCUCGGCAUUAUUUUUCUUGCUUUAGACUUACAACCACUGGAUCUUCUAUUUUGGAUCGUCCAUGCACAACGUUAAAGGGUUACUGGUCUCUUUAUACCACACACUUGCCCAUUGUGCACCUAUUAUGAUGGCACACAUUCACUUUCACCUUUUUGCUGAGUAUAAUAUAUACUUAAGUGAGCUACGUUCUUGUUUAAUUAAUACAUGAUAAUUGCAUUCAGAGUGAUUUGUGAUGAUUAAAAGCAUUCGUUAAAAAAGCAUUCAUUAAAAUCAUAUUCACGUAAUUCUAA